GUCUCUAAAAGAGCAUUCGGUGGUUCAAGUGGUACAUACAACGUCCAUGCCUUAGAACUGGCUGCAGCAAGAGAAAGAAAGCUUAAGACUCUCAGUAUUACUGUGAAAUUUUUAGAUGACACUGAGCAUGUUUUUCAUGUUGAGAAACGCGCCAAGGGCGCUACCUUGUUGGACCAGGUUUAUCGUCAUCUUGAGUUAGUGGAGAAGGAUUAUUUUGGUUUGCAGUAUUCAGACAAUGGCGGGUUGCCAGGGACGAGGGGUUCUGUAUGGAUGCAUUGGUUAGAUCCGUCCAAAACGUUAAAGAAGCAGCUAGGAACCUGUCAAUAUAUCUUACAUUUUAGAGUUAAGUUUUAUGUAUCCGAUCCAAGUAAACUUCAAGAGGAAUAUACUCGAUAUCAGUUUUAUUUACAAUUAAGAAGAGAUAUUUUAGAAGGAAAAUUGUAUUUACCUCCAAGCACUGCCAUACUCUUAGCCAGUUAUACUGUACAAUCUGAAUUAGGUGAUUAUCAACCUGAUGAACAUGGACCAAACUACUUAUCAAAUAUACACCUGGUUCCCAAUCAGAACGACGACAUCGAAAAGAAAAUAUCAGAGUUGCACAAACUCCAUAAGGGCCAGCUUCCCGCCGAUGCCGAAUUUAACUUUUUGGACCACGCGAAACGAAUCGAAAUGUACGGAGUAGAAUUACAUAAAGCCAGGGACAAUGCCAAUAAAGAAAUACAGUUAGGAGUUACGCAUUUAGGAUUAGUAGUUUUUCAAAAUAAUGUUCGCAUCAACGUUUUCUCUUGGUCAAAGAUUAUGAAGAUUUCAUUUAAGAGGAAACAGUUUUUCAUUCAACUGCGACGAGAGCCGUCCGAAUCAUACGAUACUUUAUUAGGUUUCAAUAUGGAAACAUAUCGUUCAUCGAAAACGCUUUGGAAAUCGUGCGUCGAACACCACACGUUCUUCCGUUUACAUUCGCCAAGAGUAAGACGAAAAUUUCCAUUGUCACUUGGCUCCAAAUUUACUUAUUCUGGAAGAACCGAGUACCAAACUGUUACAGAAGUACGACAAAGAGGCAUAUUGGAGAGAAAGUUCGUUAGAUCGCCCAGUAAAUACCUAGGUAUCCAACCAGUGCAAACUCCUCCGUUGGAAGAUAGAGGAAAGAUAGUAACUGCUCCUGCUCGACCACCGGGACCUUACGCUCACAAAGUUACGUCUUUGGAUACCAAAGAACCUAAGAAAGCAUGGACUGAAGACAGUCGAAUAUCUGAUGACGACGGCGGAUUUCUAGAAAGAACGUUGGAAGGGCCUUUUUCACCGGGUAUAGCCGGAAGAGUCAUCAGUUACGCCGAUGAAGAACCUCCUUCACCCACAUCGAACGGACUCUACGACACGCCACCUUAUAGUUUAAGUCAUUCACCAACAUCGCAAAUCAUCGACGAUAAUUUAGUUAAUAUUGUACUCCAUCCGGACGAAGAAGGAAAGUACGGAUUUAACGUUAAAGGAGGAAACGAACGAAAUGUGCCUAUAUUAGUAUCUAGAGUUGCACCGAAUACGCCAGCUGAUAAAUGUGUACCUAGGUUAUCAGAAGGUGAUCAAGUAUUGCAAAUAAACGGACAUGAUGUUUCACAUGCUCUUCAUCAAGACGUCGUUAAAUUGAUACAAGAUGCCCGAUCAACGAAUUCAGGAAAAUUAGUGUUAGUUGUAAAACCGAAUGUACUUUACCAAGGCUACGAAGACUUCGAGGAACCUCCAUAUCAGUAUGUACCUGUGGGGGAGAACGAACCGUCUUCUCCUGGAAAUGCGCUUCAGCAAAGUAUGCUUCUAUUGGCUGACGGAUUGGCUAGUGGGGCUCUGAUAGCGCGAUAUGAAACACUUUUUAGGAAACAUCCUGAUCUCACCUGUGACGAAUCGCUCAAACAACCGAAUGUCAAUAAGAAUCGUUACAGGGAUAUAUUGCCAUAUGAUACAACGAGAGUAGUCUUAAAGAAUGGUUCAAACGGCGAUUACAUCAACGCCAACUACGUCAACAUGUCAAUAUCUGGAACAGAAACAAUCAACCGAUAUAUCGCAACUCAAGGACCACUGCCUGCAACCACCGAAGAUUUCUGGCAAAUGAUCCUCGAAGAAGAAUGUAAUUUAAUAGUAAUGUUAACUACGAUAAUUGAAAGGGGCCGAGCGAAAUGUCAUAAAUAUUGGCCGGGAUUGGGAGAAGCACUUACGAUGCAAAAUAUCAUCGUAAAAUGCGUUGGUGAAGAGACUGAUCCGUCUGGAAGUUUUGUUUUUAGGGAUUUUGUUUUAUUAGAUGUUAAGAACAACGAAUCCAGGGAUAUAAAACAUAUGCAAUAUAUAGCAUGGCCUGAUCACGGUGUGCCUGACUCUCCGCAACAAUUUUUAAAUUUUACCGAAAAAGUGAGGGCGGCAAGAAAAGGUUCUUUUCCCAUAGUCGUGCAUUGCAGUGCAGGAAUAGGAAGAACCGGUGUUAUGGUGUUAAUGGAGACGGCGUUAUGCUUAAUGGAAGUUAGUGAACCAGUGUAUCCAUUGGAAAUAGUAAAGACUAUGAGAGAGCAAAGAGCUAUGAUGAUACAGAAUGCUAGUCAAUACCGCUUUGUUUGUGAAAGCGUCCACGCUGCCUACAGCGAUAAAAUAAACGUACCUAAGUCGGAGAGCUAACUGCAACAAUCAUUGGAUGAAAUCUGUGUAAAUAAAGGUUGAGAUUUAAUAGGAGUGUAUCGAUAAAUCAGGUUUUUCGGUAGAGAAAAUUUGUUAGACUAAGUGAUACAGAACGUAAUUGAAUAGAACGUUUCAUGUCUGGAUUUUUUCUUUCUGUCUUUGUGUGAUUAGUUGGUAGCUACUAGCACAAUAAAUAGAACGGAAUAGAGAUGUAACAAUCUAAUGAAUAAUUUUGCGACUCCAACCCUUUCCUUAGAUUUAUAUAUUAACAGAGGUUGCAUUUCCCAUUUUAGUGUCUUCAUUAGCAACAUUCAAUGAAAAUUAUCAUAGGAGUGCCAUGUUUAAAUGACAAUAGAAUACCGAGUGAAUUGAAUAGAAAUACGUCUAAGAUCACUUGUCGCCAAUUUAGUGCCAUUUUUCCUUGUAAUUCAAAAC